AGGACCUCAGGACGUGCCCAGUACUUUUUAUUCUCUUACUUUGUUGAACGUUUGGGGUUUAGUCAACUAAAUGUGAAUUUCAACACAUCACGUGACUUCAUGCGUCAACACUAACUCAUACAUUCUCUACUGCAUUAAAACUACAAGUCCCAUGAUGCCCCGGUGCCGCAAGUUCACGCCUCUUUCCUUUUAGACCAAUCACCGCGCAGACUGGCGUGUGCGUCAGAACUCUGACCUCACAUUUCGAACAAUUUUUUCUGAGCGAGGCAACGGCUGACGGCGCCAUCUUGAAAGAGAUUAUUUGUAUCAUUAAACACGUUAAACCUUAAAUUUGACGCUAUGUUGUACCUGGAAGAUUAUCUCGAGAUGAUCGAGCAGCUUCCCAUGGACCUUCGCGACAGGUUUACGGAAAUGCGAGAGAUGGACCUGCAGGUCCAAAACGCUACAGACCAGCUGGAGCAGAAAGUGGUCGACUUCUUCAUCAACGCCAAGAAGAACAAGCCAGAGUGGCGAGAGGAGCAGAUGGAGGUCAUUAAAAAGGAUUAUUACAAAGCUCUGGAAGACGCAGAUGAGAAAGUCCAGCUGGCCAAUCAGAUUUAUGAUCUGGUGGACCGGCACCUGCGCAAACUAGACCAAGAACUGGCCAAGUUCAAGAUGGAGUUGGAGGCCGACAACGCCGGCAUCACAGAGAUUCUGGAAAGACGAUCUUUGGAGAUGGACAGUCCAUCUCAGCCUGUCAACAACCACCACGCCCACUCACAUGCCACCGUCGAAAAGCGGAAGUACAGCGCUACAACACACCACACGACAGAACAUGUUCCCGAGAAGAAGUUCAAGUCCGAAGCUUUGCUUUCUACGCUGACCUCAGACGCCUCAAAAGAGAACACGCCAGGUUGUCGCGGCAACAGCAUGUCAUCCUCUGCGAACAACAUUUACAGCGUCAACUCCUCACAACCUUUGACCUCUUACAGUCUCAGCUCGCUGCCUGCCGGCCCUGGGGCGGGGGCCGGUGCCAUCACCAUGGCGGCCGCUCAAGCCGUACAGGCCACUGCUCAGAUGAAGGAGGGUCGCAGGACGUCCAGUCUGAAAGCGAGCUACGAAGCCAUCAAGAACAACGACUUCCAGCUCAGUCGAGACUUUUCCUUGUCACGCGACAACUCGCCGUACCCGUCUUCCGCAUUGGCGUCCACGCUCACGCAGACGCUCGCCCCUGCCGCUGCCGUCGCCGCUACCACUUCUGACUCUCGAGGCCGCAAGUCCAAAAGCAGCGUCAAGUCUUCCAACCAUCAAUCGUCUUCAUCGUCAUCCUCCUCCUCGCUGUCGUCCUGUUCGUCCUCGUCGGCGUUGGCCCAGGAACUUUCCCAGCAGGUGUCUGUGCUGCCCGAGGCCGAGGCCAAUAGCCAAGUGGACUGGACUUAUGACCCCAAUGAGCCGCGCUACUGCAUCUGUAACCAGGUGUCGUACGGGGAAAUGGUCGGCUGCGACAACACGGAUUGUCCCAUCGAGUGGUUCCACUAUGGCUGUGUGGGUCUUAGCGAGGCGCCCAAAGGGAAGUGGUACUGUCCUCAGUGCACGGCCGCCAUGAAGCGCAGAGGAAGCCGCCACAAGUAGACGUCAAAAACAAAAAGUCCAACCUUGUUGUUUCCACCUUUUUAACACAAUAAACAUUUUCUUUGUAUGCCAUA